AUGCCGCUGAACCCUGUCACCUCCACCCCCUUCUCGGUCAAUGAUAUCCUGAGGCUGGAGCCAGAGCAGAUAGAUCCCGAAUUCUUGCAACUCCAGGAGGCACCGGGGAGCCCUGAAAGCUUUCAGUGCCAGCGACCGGUCCCAGAACCGCGAAAGUCAGAGGUUCACAGCACCUGCAGCGCCCGCGGCGGAAACAGCGACAGAACCGACGAGUCGGGGUGUCCUGGUGGUCCCCCCGAGACGCUCGCAGAGAUGGACUCAGAACGCGUGGAGGAGCCACAGCCGGGCCUCAGCGCAGCCUCGCCCCUCCGCGGCGGGACCAGGGGGCCAGAGCUCGGCGUCGGCGACCCCGGCAGCGGCGCGCGCGGGACCGGCCCCGAGCAGCCCAAGGCGCGCCAGCGGCGGAAGCCCCGCGUGCUCUUCUCGCAGGCGCAGGUGCUGGCGCUGGAGCGGCGCUUCAAGCAGCAGCGGUACGUGUCGGCGCCCGAGCGCGAGCACCUGGCCAGCGCGCUGCAGCUCACGCCCACGCAGGUCAAGAUCUGGUUCCAGAACCGGCGCUACAAGUGCAAGAGACAGCGCCAGGACAAGUCCCUAGAACUGGCGGGCCACCCCCCGGUCUCCAGUGCUCCUCUGCUGGCUGCUGUAGCCUCUGUUCUGACCUGGCCACCCCUCUGGGUACAAGUGGCGGAUACACAGCAGGACUUGCUUCGCUUCCACGCCGCCUACACAAAGCUGUUCCUUGCCUCCUGCUUCGCUUCCCCUCAGCAGCUCCCCUCACCUCUGAGCCCCAAAGGACCCCAGCCUUCAGGACAACUGUGUAUCCAGAAGCAGUACAUCUGUGACUCAUGCAAUGACGCUACCCAGGUGGAAAGCGACUUCACACCGAUUCCUUCUUGCUCCUUAACACUCUCAGCCUCGAGGCCAGAUAAGGGAACUGUUGACAGCGUUUUUCUGGGGCGAGUCGCUGGGAGGCCUGGCCUGCUCUCUGCUUUCUCCAUCCUGAUGGGGGAUGUGACAUGA